AUUUGAAAGAUGGUUUUACAUAUAUAUUUGAUUACUUGAUACUAGUUCGUUGAACAUAUUACCAGGCAGCACGUUGCGAUGGUAUUCUAUUUUUUUAUUUUAUUUCCAUAUUCUGUAUAAUGACAGCUGGGACACACUCCAGCAACACCUGCGACCCUAGUGAGGAUAAGUGGUAGUAUAAGAUGAUAUGAGAUGAGAUGUUGUAUAUUGUUAGAAUAAAUUUUUGGUUCACAAAUAAUAAACAGGCAAAUAAACAACAAGCAAAUUUAGGUUCUGCAUUGGUUCCCAUGGUUCCCUGUAUCGAAAAUGAACCGAACCGAGGUACGUAUCGAACCGUGGUUAUUGUGUAUCGUUACACCCUUAAUAAAUUAUAAGUACUUUUAGGUUAAUAUGGAGUUUAUUCCUGCCAGUCCGUCCCCAGGGCAUAAACCCCCAGUAUAAUCCAGUAGAGGAUUGGCCCCGCCCAUCUUAGCUUCUUGCUAUCUCUGAUUGGCUGGAAGAGUGCGCUGACUGCUGACGCUUCAGACCGUUGAUUGGUUUGUUCGCCCGUUCCCUGUCUAGGGGGCGUGUCCCGCGGAGAGGCUGAAGGUUCGUGAUGAAAAUGGCUGAAAAAUAAAAAGAAGAAAAAGUGAAAACAGAAGUAGAAAAACCUCCGACCGGUCUCUGGGUCUGGUUCUGCCGGGUUCUACUGGGUUCUACCGAGAGGAACAUAUCGAUGAACUGUACCAGGGUCAUCCACGUCCUGAACCCUGGUUCGGGAAGUCCGACUCCCAUAAUGCCUGUGGACAUGGCGAUGAGGAUCUGCCUGGCCAGCUCUCCUCCUCUCCACUCUUUCUUCGGUGACUAUGACAACAGCUGUUUGUCGCCAGCCUCUCUUUCUGCUGGAUGCUGCAGCGGUGCUGACGUCACCAUGGCGACCUCCAUCAGCUGCCAGGCAAGGCUGAAGAAGAAGAAGAAGAAGAAGGAGGUGGUGUUUGCAGACUCUCGAGGUUUGUCGCUCACUGCCAUCCACGUCUUCAACGAUGAUGAGGACGACCCGCUGGACCUGCUGCAGUUCCACCUGACUGAGAUAGGAGGCGCCACAGCAGAAUUCAGUCUCAGAGAUGUCAAAGACCCAGCAGACUGUGGUUCUGGCUUGGUUCUGGACUUCACCCAGCCAGCGGCAGACUAUCUGGACCUCAGGAACCGACUGAAAACCCAGCAGGUCUGUCUGGAGACCUGUUCAGUCCAGGACCGCCUCCUGUCUGGAACUGUCCAGGUGAGAAACAUCUGCUUCGAGAAGUCCGUCUCAGUCCGGAUCACAUUUGACUCAUGGAAGUCGUUCCAGGACGUUGAGUGUCAGUAUGUGAACAACGUGUAUGGAUGUCCCGACACCGACAUCUUUUCCUUCUCCAUCUCAGCCCCAGACGUCCUGGAGCAAAACACAGUCCAGUUCUGUAUUCAGUACCGGACCAAUGACCGGACGUUCUGGGACAACAACUUAGGGAACAACUACCGCCUGGUUCUGACAGGUCCAAACUCUAAGAACUCUACGGGGCUGGAGAUCCAGAGAGAUCACAGUGGAGAGAAUAGGGAGGACAUGGAGUUUAAUCCCUUUGGAAGUCCCAGGACAUUGGCAGGGAUCUUCCCAGAGUGGCAGAGCUGGGGUUGUGUAGAGACCAGUGCCCCCUACUGGUGAGGCACCAUGGGACGUUUUUAAGAUGCACUCACUGUAAUUUUAUUCUGUAGAGCUCCACAUGAGUUUCACAUGAGCACUGAUCACCUUCUGUGGAUGAGAUCCAGGCACUGCUUUCACUAGAGUCACUUUAACUGAAACUAAAGACAAACAUUAAAGACAGAACGCUGAAGACAGAACCUGAAACACCUAUUUUGAACUCUCAUUCCAAAUAUCCCUGUAAUGUGGACACCUUCACUAUUGAACUUUGAAUUGUUUAAGGGCUUAAAUCUGGGUCCAGAUUCAACAAAGAUUAAGCUGCUUCACUGAAACGGACAACAGGAACUCCUCCAUGCAACAAGGAUGUGCUUCUUUUCAUAUAAAGAACCACGCGACAAUCAAGAAUCCACAGAGCUUUGAGAUCUGAAUGUUUUUUCUUGAACCUCUCUGAGAUUAAUGACGAGCCUUACUCCUGUUGCACUGUCACAGGCUUCAUUAUAGUUUCCAUAGGAGUUGUUUGUAAAAGGAUUAAGUCAAGGCUGGCCAACCCGCGGCUCCCGAGCCUCAUGCGGCUCUUUGCCUGGUUCCAUGCGGCUCUUACGUUCGUAUUGAAGUUUCGCUUCACUUCGCUUGAGUUCAAUACGGUAUUUUCGUCAAACGCGCAUGUGCGUUGGGUGAAAAUACCUCAACGUUUCCCAGUAGGAGCAAGAUCAUUUGAAUAAACAAUUUGUGUCAAGUUCGCUCUCAAAAUGGCAGGGAAAAAUGCACAGCAAAACGAAAAUAUGAAGAUGAACACAGGACGUUUUUAACAGAGUGGGAGAGUUUAUAUUUUUUUUGUUGAACGUAAUGGCAAGUCAUUCUGCCUUAUGUCAGGCGUCAUUAGCGCACGUGAAAUCAAAGCAUCGAUCUGUUCUGACUGACACCCAUGUGAAAGAAUUGCUUCGAGUGACAACAACGGAAUACAAGCCAGAUUUGAAGAGGAUUAUUCAAGGCAAGGAAUGCCAGAAGUCCCACCAAGUAACAUGCAUAGUAAAAGAAAAAAGCUAUUGUAAAUGAUUACAUUUUUGUUUGUGGACUUAGUUGAACUGAGAGUUUGUCUGUGUGAGACAGUGCACACAGUGUUCAUUGAUGAAAAUGACUGGCCUGUGGUCUUUCUGUCAUUAUCGUGUUGGUGUGUGACAUUUACUAUAAAUCUGGCUGAGCAAAGGUGUGUGUGUGAGGAAGGGAUGGGGUGAUGUUCAUGUGUGCCCAUGUGUAUGAUGUGGCUCUUUGCGGUAACAGUAAAAAAUGUGGCUCUUGGUCUCUGCCUGGUUGGCCUCCCCUGGAUUAAGUUAUUCAUAAAACCGCCAUAAGGAGGAGGAACAUCAGGGACCAAGUCCUUUGGAGAACUCACGAUCAGGACGAUUGAUUCGGGGUUCAGGUCGAGGACUUAUCACAUGUUGGUGAUUUGCUCCAAUUUAAUUUAAUGUAUUUUUAAAUGCAAACAUCCCUUAUUCUCAUUCACCAGCAUGUCGACUGAACUUUCACUUCUCAACAGAAACUCCUCAGAGGAUCAGAGCCAUUGGAGAUCCUCAGCAGUCUUAGAUCCUGCAGUAACACCUGGUGGGCACAAGUUUAUAAAGAAAGAUUCAUAAUUCACCAAUGACUGAACAAACAUUUUAUGUCAACCCUCAGGCCCAAUCCAACAUCUGGUAGCCUUAAGCUAGUUGGCUAAAGAGAAGAGUCCAGACUUGUGACUGCAAUCCCUUCCAACAGCUGAACAAUCAACCUCCAGGAAUUUAUUCAUUGAAGAACCUAACUUCAGAUUAAACAUAUUCAUUGACUGAAAUGGACCAGAACUGGGUCCUAGGACCAGCCCUAUCCUCACUGGGAUUGUAAAUGACAUUUUUGAUAAAUGUCUGUUAAGGUUCUCAGUCAUCCAGGUCAUGGUAAUCCAAAAAAGCGUCCAGCUGACCUUAUUCAAUGCUUUUUUGGACAUUUUUGAUAAAUGUGUCUGUGGUGUUAGACGCCAUAAACACUGAAGUCUCAGCAGCUCUUCUUGGUGACUAUGCACUAAAUGCUAACAAUAAGAAUGGUGGUGUUGGUCCCACAAGACUGUGUCACUGAUUGUUGGAUGGUCGAAGGCUCCUCUAGAACCAGCCCCUAGAGAACCUUCUCUCUAGAACCAGGUCUUCUACAACUAGCUCCUCUACAACCAGCCCCUAGGGAACCUUCUCCUCUCUAGAACCAGCUCCUCAAGAACCAGCCCAUAGGAAACCUCCUCUCUGGAACCAGCUCCCCUGGAACCUGUUAGUGGUAGAUUUGCUGCUGUGACUGAACAAACAGUUUUACUGAUUUGUCUUUGUUUUUAUUCCUGCUACCUUUAAUAGUCGUCAUAUUGAUGAAGUUUCUCCUGUCGUCUCUUAUGAAACUUUCAUCCUGUUUAACAGCCUUUGCCAGCUCAACUUCCUCAGUGCUCUUACCCUGAUUAUAGCUGCUGUCACUGUGUUAUUGUGUGUGUUAGUGUGUGUGUUGUUGGUAUGAAGCAUGUAACAGAAGGUGAAAUGUAAAGUGUUUAAAGUUUUGAAAUGUUCAUACUGAAGGCUCCUGAAGUUCAUGAAAUAAUUGAAAGGUGAACCACUUUGAAUGAUCUGAAUGUUCUAGCAGUGUGCAGCUUUAAAGUGUUUGGAGAGCUGUCUGAUUUUAGUAGAAGUCGUUCCGUGUUUGGAAAUCUUUCUUGAUUUCUUAGGGAACCUGAACACUGAAAUCUAAAGUGCAAUGUCACGUUGGUGUGGAGAUGUACGGUGGAAGCAGGACCUGACUGAUUGUUCCUUUUGUGUGAAUAAAAGUCUAUCAUUUAUAAAA